UGCCUACGCCGUAAAGACAGUUGAGCUUAAUGUGACACUCCACACUGAAUUCUCACUUCUCUCUCUCUCUCUAAUUUCUCAACAAUUAGUCAGUCAGUCUCACUAUCCAGAUUCCAAAUAUAUCGAUCCAGUUUUAUGACGAAUCUCUUAUCCUUCACCCCAACCACUCCUCUUCUCCGCCACCUCUCCGUUUUCUCUGUCGUGCGCCGUCGCCACAACCCCACCACCCUCAAGUCUCCACCACAUACCCUCUCACAGUCGCCUCUGCACGUCCUCUACCGUGCGCCGCACCCUCCCCCACGCCCCUCCCGCUCCGUGUCCGCUCUACCCUCCCCCGCCGAUGGCCUCAUGCAGGACGCCGGAGCCACCGCCGUCGUAAUCGCUGGCGCCUACGGCCUCGUCCUCUGCUUCGAUAAUCUCACGCAGCGAAAUCUUCUCCGACAGAAUUUAAGCAGAAAAUUGGUGCAUAUAUUAUCUGGGAUAUUCUUCAUGCUUUCCUGGCCAAUUUUCAGCACCUCAACCAAUGCUCGUUACUUUGCCUCUGUGGUUCCCCUUGUCAAUUGCUUGAGGCUUCUUCUUCACGGCUUCUCCUUGGUCCCCAAUGAAGGACUCGUCAAAUCUGUCACGAGAGAAGGAAACCCAAAGGAGUUGCUUAGAGGUCCUUUGUAUUAUGUUCUCAUAUUGAUCUUAUGUGCUCUUGUGUUUUGGCGUGAGUCUCCAGUUGGACUGAUCUCAUUGGCAAUGAUGUGCGGCGGGGAUGGUGUUGCUGAUAUCAUGGGAAGAAAGUUUGGGUCGAUAAAGAUCCCUUAUAAUCCAAAAAAGAGUUGGGCUGGUAGCAUAUCGAUGUUUCUUUUUGGGUUCUUGAUUUCCAUGGGGAUGCUCUAUUAUUACUCCUUUUUGGGAUAUUUCGAACUGAAUUGGAUCCAGACAGCUGAAAAGGUAGCGUUCGUUGCUUUGGUGGCAACACUUGUGGAGUCUCUUCCAAUUACAGAGGUAUUAGAUGACAACAUAUCUGUUCCAUUGGCAAGCAUGGCAGCAGCAUAUUUGAGUUUCUCUUUGUAGCUUGUUUGUUCUACUCCAAUUCAUCUCCCAAAUUCCAUAUCAUCUGGUUCGAUGAUUCAUUACGUACUAUGGAGAUUAGAGGAGCAGAGGAGCAGCUGUCGUCGAGCUCUGCAGGGACUGCGACUGCAUACAUAGUCCAAGCCACAUUCCUUGAGCUCUAUGGACACAUUAGCAAUGACAUACAGCAAAGCACAAAACCAACCAGCUUUGACUUGGGUAAGUGUCUUUGUUAACAAUUUUCAGUGGAUACUGUAUGUUCAAGAUCCGAUCAAUUUUGAUUGGUGUUGGUAUUUUGGCGGAUUGGGCAGCCGACCUCACUUGGUGGGAAAAAGUUUUAUUGUUGUUGUUGGAUUGGAUCCUAAAAUUCCAAAACCGAGAAGUUUGGAUCAGAUAGCAGAUUUUCUUCUAAUUCUUGCACCUCUAAUAUCGUUUGUAUUAGUUUUAUCAAAAAAAAUGUCGUUUGUAUUAAAGAAAAAAUCAUGGAAAAUCUUCUCGCA